AUAUAAAGAAAAAAACCCACAAACCCACAACACAACCACCAUCCUCAAACCCUCUCUUUUUUCUUUCUUCUCUCCUUUUGUUAAAACUUUCUCAAUUUAUUCCUCAAACUUAAACUUUUCUUCGCUAUACUGGUGUACCUGUUGAUCUUUUCUUCUGUUUGCGCUACGAUGGGAAGCAUAAACAAAGACGAGUGGUCGGACUACGACAGCAGUUGUUCCUCCUCCAUAACCGUCCCCGACUCGACUCGUAGUUGGAUGAGCAACCUCAGUUUCGGUAGCCGUCGCCGAAGCAGCAGCUCAGCGGCAGACGGCAGCAUCGACAAUAAUAUCCCAACAUUACCAUUACAGAUGAUGAUGAAGCCACACAAGGCAAACGAAGUGGGAUGGGAGGCGAUGCGGUGGCUCCGGCGAGUGAAAGGGGAAGUGGGGUUGGAGCAUUUCCGGCUACUACGGCGGGUGGGGAGUGGAGAUAUUGGGAGUGUUUACUUAUGUGAGAUAAGGAAUCCAAUGGUGGGGUUACCAAAGUGCUUUUAUGCAAUGAAAGUGGUUGAUAGAGAAGCGGUUUGUGUUAGAAAUAAAGAGAGAAGGGCAGAUAUGGAAAAGGAAAUAUUGAAAGUGCUUGAUCAUCCGUUUUUGCCUACGCUUUAUGCGGACUUUGAAGCUUCUCACUAUUCUUGCUUGGUUAUGGAGUUUUGUCCUGGUGGUGAUUUGUAUGCUGCUCGCCUACGUCUACCCAAUAAACGUUUCUCCAUUUCUUCCGCUAAGUUUUAUGCGGCGGAGAUAAUUUUAGCCCUUGUUAUGCACAUGAUGGGCAUAAUUUACCGAGAUUUAAAGCCGGAAAACGUUUUAGUUAGAGAAGACGGCCAUAUAAUGCUAUCUGAUUUCGAUCUCUGUCUCAAAUGCGACGUCGUUCCAAAGCUCAUCCGUUGCCGGACCACCGCCUCCGACGACCGCCACGUCAGAUCCUACUCCUCCACCACCUCAACCACCUCUGCGCCGCCCGCUCCCAUUCAACCUGUCCUCUCCUGUUUCUCCCUCUCCCGUCGCAAAAAAUCAACCACCGUCACCACCAUCACCGAGCACGCCGCCGCACCCGCCGUCGUGUACGGCGGAGACGGGGACAGCGACGGCGACGGCGAGGAAUUCGACCCAGAACCAGAAUUAAUAGCGGAACCAAUAAACGCUAGGUCGAAAUCGUUCGUCGGAACCCACGAGUAUUUGGCGCCGGAGGUGAUUUCCGGCCAAGGGCACGGCAGCGGCGUGGAUUGGUGGACAUUGGGGAUAUUCUUAUACGAAAUGCUGUACGGAAAAACCCCAUUUAAAGGUGAAAACAAUGAGAAGACAUUAAUGAACAUAUUGAAGCAGCCAUUAAGAUUUCCAAGAAUUGGGAUUAGUAGCAGCAAAGAGUAUGAAGAAAUGGUGAAAGUUGAGGAUUUAAUCAAGAAGCUUUUGGUGAAAAAUCCAAAAAAAAGAAUUGGAAGUUUAAAAGGUUCAGUUGAAAUCAAAAGACAUGAAUUUUUCAAAGGAAUUAAUUGGGCUUUAAUUAGAUCCGUACGACCUCCACAAAUCCCCAACAACAAUAAUCCUAACCUUAAUUACUCCAAAUACCCUUCUAAUUAUUUACCCAAAUUGAGCAAAAAACAAAGACAACAACCUUUCCAAAUCCCUAAUCACCAUUUUGAUUAUUUCUAAUUACCCAAUUUCUUUCUUUGUAAAAUCCUAUGUAAAUAGACAGAAAAAAAAAA